CGGCACCUUUAGAAAUUAAUCAGCACCCUCUUCAUUGGGAACACCCUUUUCUUAUUCUUCGGAAAGGUGUUGGUUGCUGUGAUCUAUGCCAGGAACCAGACAUCAGAUCUGAAAUACCCUUCCGCUGCAUCAUUGAACGAUAGGUACCAGUGACAAUUCAGUCAUGGAUAUGUCCGCCGUUGAAGUACUAUAUUUCGGUCAUCCACACGACCUGAUGUCAGGAGACGGGAUCGAAGAUGAUUAUGAUAAAUAUUGUGAUGGAUGCGGGCUUUUUAUCUCAGGUUUGUUUUUCUACUGUUCACCAUGUGGUUUCUAUCUACAUAAAGCUUGUAUUGAAAUGCCAUCGAUGGUGAAUCACUGGUCACAUCGACACUCCCUUAUCUAUAUAACAGUUACCACUCCUUUUCAAUGUUACUUUUGUCUUCAAAGUUGCACUGGGUUUUGUUACUGCUGUAACCUAUGUGUACUUGAGAUAUGCGCUCGCUGUGCUACUAUUUCCAAUCCCCACCAUCAUCCAGGACACAAAGAUGAACUCACCUUUUCUGAUAUCAUCUUUGAAGGGAAAUGCGCCGCCUGUGGCGAUGGUAUUUAUGAUGAGAAAGCAUACAGAUGUAGGGAUUGCAUUCAUUAUGGUUUGGAUUUAAAAUGCUUGACACUUCCACUUGCAGCACGGCACAGGUGUGAUAAACACAUCCUAGAACUUGUUUAUUAUGAUGAAAAUGAUGAUCUGGAACAACCUCAUUGUGAUAUUUGUAAAGAGAGAAGACUUCCAAAUCAUUGGUUUUACCGUUGUUCCAUUUGCAACAAUUCUGCUCAUCCCAAAUGUGCUCUUGGAAAAUAUCCAUUUAUUAAGGAUGGGAGUACCCUCAGUCAUAAAAAUCAUCCACACCCUCUGAUUUCUGUCAAGAAGGUUUCCAACCUUAAAUCUGAUGAAUGUGUUGAAUGUGGCGAUUCUUGUCAAGAUUUGGCUCUAUUGUGUGAAUCAUGCGACUAUCUUGCCCACUUCGAAUGUUUAGAUACGAAAACACUGAAGACUGAAGGAAAUCCUGAUGAGUUACCAAAGGAGAUUAAUCAUCUCUGUCACCGUAUACAUCCUCUUUCUUUAAAAUUCCAUAACAGGUAUACUUUUUGCGAGAUAUGCAAAAAGAAAGAACGGGGAUAUUUUUAUGGAUGUUCUCCUUGCAAUUUUCACAUUCACAUUGAUUGUGCAGUUCCAAGCCUUGUUAUUGAAAAUGAAACUCAUGUGCACUCAUUCAACUUGUUUUGGAGACAAGGCUCGUUUAUUUGUGAUGCAUGUGGUACCGAGGGGAAUUACGCUUCCUAUAUAUGUUCUACAUGUCACCUCCAAGUCCACGAGAAAUGCACUUCACUGCCACGCAUCAUCAAAACCGCAAAGCAUUAUGAUCAUUCUAUUUUUCACAACUAUUUUGUUCAAGGAAGUGACCUUGAUCAAAAGCAUGAAUGCAGAGUUUGUUACAAAGAAGUGAAGAAAGAGCAUGGCUGUUAUAGUUGUUUGAGGCAAGAUUGCAAAUAUAUUGUUCAUGUGAAUUGUGCUAUUGUGGAAGGUAUGUACUGGAUAAUUGAUUCAGAAAAUGAAGAUGACAAUUCAGACAUGGAUUCUUCCAUCACUCGUGUUAUUGAGGUGAACGAAAGAGGAGAAGCAGUAAGGAUAGAACAUUUCAGUCAUGGCCACGACUUACUGUUAGGAGACAAGAUCAAAGAAGACGAUGAUAAAUGUUGUGAUGGGUGCGUGCUGCCUAUCUCAGGUUUGUUUUACUAUUGUUCACAAUGUGAUUUCUUUCUCCAUAAAACUUGUGCUGAAUUACCAAGGAAGAAGCAUCAUUGGUUUCAUAACCACCGACUUACCCUUGAAUCAAUUGCCACGUAUCUUUUGGAGGUAAAGGAAACAAAAUCAGCUUGCAUUUUUGAAUGUCGCUUUUGUCUUCAUGUUUGUAGUGGUUUUUUUCACUGCUGUUAUGAAUGUGACCUCAAGGUAUGCCUUCGGUGUGCUAGUAUUCCUCAUGCCCACCAACAUUCAGGACACAAAGACCACAUCUUUUUAAAUAGCCAAUACAAAGGGAAAUGCACUGCAUGUGGCUGUGGCAUUUAUCAUGGGAAUUCAUACAAAUGUAAGGAUUGCACUGAUAUUUAUGCUUUGGAUUAUGCAUGCUUGACACUUCCACUUGUAGCACGGCACAAGUGUGACAAACACAUCCUAAAGCUUGUCUAUCAUGACGAAAAUGAUGACCCGGAACAGCAUUAUUGUGAUAUUUGUGAAGAGAAAAGAGAUCCAAAUCAUUGGUUUUACUUUUGUUCCAUUUGUGAUAAUUCUGCUCAUCCUAAAUGUGUUCUUGGAAAAAAUCCAUUUAUUAAGAUUGGGAGUACAUACCUCAACGAAGAUCAAGAACCCCGCCUCACUUUUACGAAGAAAAUUGGCUACUACCCUAAAUGUUUUGAAUGCGGUAAGCCUUGUCAAGAUUUGACUCUUGAGAAUGCAAACUCUGUAUGCUACCACUUCAACUGUGUUCUGAAAAACUAUUUGAAGUAUGUUAGAGAACGAAUGCUUUGAUCUUCUUCAAAAUUGUGAUCCAUUUUUAAUCAGAUUGAUGUGUUUAUUGGAGAGGUUAGAGUAAUUUAUUUCAGAAUGUGUUCGGAGAAGCAAAUGGCAUGUAGGUUCUUUGGCAAAGGCUGGUGUGGAUUGAGGUGAUAUGUUUAUGGCAUAGUGGUGAGUUUGUGAAGCUUCCCAUCUGGUUGUAUCAGCUAUAAGCAGAUUUCUCUUGUCGGAUUCUUCAUGUGUGAGGGUGACUGUUUGAGUUGUAUGACUGGUUGGCUUCUUGGUUUGGGGAUUGUAAUAUUGUUUGUUUGUUUGUUUUCUUUUUUUGGGUUAAAUGUUAUGUUGUUUGUAAUUUGAGGUGUUCUCUGUUUUGGUUGUAUUCUCUCAUUCUGCCCUUUAUGUUUAUUCAAUAAACUUCCUUGUGAUGUUGUUACUUGUUCUUCCCUUGUUUGUAUAUAUAGAUUGUGACUUGUUAUUUAGACAUGCACUAAACCAUUAACCA